UGACGGGAGUAGUCGUGAGUGAGGGGCGGUGCCGUACGCUACGGAAAGCCGAGAGGGACGCGGAGCAGGGUGGUUGCGGUAGCACCUGCAGCAGCGAUGGCUGCGGACGGCGAACGCUCCCCGCUGCUCCCAGUCGAGUCCGGGGAUGGGGGCGGCCUCGGCGCUGGAGGGUUGGUGGGCCCUGCAGGGCUGGCGUCGGGCCCCGCCUCGAACCCGCCGGGGAAGCCGAUCCCGCCUCAGGGGUUUCCUUCCUUUGGCGGCGUCAACGAUGGGAGCCAAGCAGCUGUGCUGCCUGGAGAGGAUCCCCCGCCCUACUCGCCGAUGGCGUCCCCGGAGAGUGGCAGUGCUCCCAUGAUCACUUGCCGAGUCUGCCAGAGCCCUAUCAACGUAGAGGGCAAGAUGCAUCAGCACGUGGUGAAAUGCAGUGUUUGCAACGAGGCCACGCCAAUCAAAAAUGCUCCACCUGGGAAAAAGUAUGUGAGAUGCCCCUGCAACUGUCUCCUGAUCUGCAAGGUGACGUCACAGCGCAUUGCCUGCCCCCGGACAUAUUGCAAGCGGGUCAUUAACCUGGGCCCAGUGCAUCCUGGGCCUCUGAGUCCUGAGCCCCAACCAGUUGGUGUGCGUGUCAACUGCGGCCACUGCAAAAACAAUUUCCUGUGGACAGAGUUCACAGACCGCACCCUAGCCCGAUGUCCACACUGCCGUAAAGUCUCCUCCAUUGGGCGACGCUACCCCCGAAAGAGAUGCUUCUGCUGCUUCCUGCUGGGUGUCUUAAUGGCUGUGACGGCAACGGGGCUUGCGUUUGGCACCUGGAAAAAAGCCCAGCAAUACAGUGGGAUCUAUGCGGCCUGGGCGUUGGUCAUCAUCCUGGCGUUGGUCUGCCUUGCCCGAGCGACGUACUGGGCCUGCAUGAGGGUCAGCCACCCCGUCCAGAACUUCUCCUGAGCCUCCGUGCGCUCCCUUCCGUUUCCAGACGCUGCUGCUCCCAGCACCUCACCUGCCAAGAGCCAGCCCUGCCUGCUCUCUCUCUCUCUGUCUUUCUCGCGCUCUCGCUCUCUCUUUUUUCCUCCUUCUUGUCUCCACUUUGGGGCUGGGACCUUCUGUGCCACUUUCCCGCCGCUCCGAGCGUCCCAUUUUGUCAUCUCGACAGCCGCUGCAAAUCCCUGCCCGGGAGGCUUUUACCCGAAUCGGUCGCCCUGGGCCAGGUGCGGUGCCAAAAACGGAACGGUUGGGACCCGAUACCUGGGGCUGCUACUCCAGUGCCGGCAGAACCCCCACUGACCCCCAUAGGCAGCCCAGCUCCGAUUGGACCCACGUCAAGAGCAGCUUGGAUGUGCCUGGAUGUUCUGGGGCCCAAGAAACUGACGUCUGUUGCUUGGUGCGUCCUUCCUGGAGGAGACAUUGGAACUACGGUGGCUGUGCUGGGACCUAUGCACAACAGGGGGGGCGGGGGCGGGGGCUGGUAGGAUGCUUAGCUGGAAAGGGUUCUAUGGAAAUCCCUAUUGUGAUGGGCUCAACCACUUGAGAAUACACUACAGCGAUUCAGCUGGGACACUUGAAAAGCGUUUGUCGCAGGAUCUGUAAGCUGCUGCUUCUUCUCCGAUAAGGCAAGAGGAGCUCCAGGGACUCACUGCUGCAUCGAUUCGUCUCUCUCUCUUUUUGUUUCCUGCACAUGCUCUGUAACUUGAGGCAGCUGUAGAGGACGGCUAAAGUCGAGACAUCUUGCACAUUCCUUCAACGGUGAGUCGGGGCGAGAGGUGUGGAAGGCGAACAGAUCUCUCGGGAGAACGCCAUGACUUGACGGCCAGUACAGUACCGUGCAUUGUGGCCUGGGUGCUCUGGACUCCUUCUCCAUCCGUGCCGUGUUCUGGGCUCCUCCCGUCCCAAAACCUCAUUUUGCUUAGUACCAUCUAGAGUGGUUCUUGAUGUGUGUCACACACACACACACACACACACACACACACACACACACACACUUCAUUCUGUGAUCAACCACAAUCCCGAGCUCCAAACGCCUUGUGCUGAAAGAACCUUGGGGUUCCACAAGAACUCCAACCUCCAGACACUUUUUGGUUGUUAUGUUUUGCUUUUACUUCCCUCUUUUCUUGAUUUCUCUUUGCACAUUCCUCGGUGGAGGAAUUUCCCCUUCCCGUAUGAAAACCAAAACCCCAUUCUCAGAGGGGCAGGGUGGGGCGGAGGGAUCAACGCCACUGGUUUGGGCCUGUUUAAAUCCCCUCCCAGCAUGCAGUGAGACCAUCAAGCUGGGCCCCAUGUGUUGGGGGCGGAAUUUCCUCGCCCUUUGCUGGCAGCGAUUUGACAGGCGAUGGCCAAGCCCUUUUCCCCCUCUCUGACCAGCAAUUCGUCUAUGACUGCCUUCCCCAAUCUGUUGCCCUCUGUGUUGUACUACAACUCCCAUCACCCACCAUUGAUGCGAGUUGUAGGCCGAUGCCUCUGGAAGGUGCUGGGUUGGGGGAAGGACGCUCUCCCGAUUUUCCUUUCAGCUCAAUUCCCACCUUUAUUUCGGCGUUUGAUCUCUUUUCUUCUCUCCCUGCCUGGACUCGCUCUUAGGAUGCCCGGGUCGUGGAUAGGGAGGUUUGAGCCUUCCUUUGGCCGCAACCAUUUGAGGUCUGCCUGAAAUGCUUACAGUGGGGAGGCAGAGAGAGAAAAAGGGGAGGGGAGCUCAGCAGCACAAAAAGAGGUGUCCUGGUUUUGAGAAGUCUUUUUUAGUCCUCCUUUCAUGCUUGUCCUGGCUUUUGCCUGUGGGGUGUCCAGUCCUGAACUUGAGCUCCUGCCUCCGAUUCUCUCUCUCACACCCCCAUGGCUUUGAGCUUGUAGCCCCAAAUGUGUUGCUCUUACAGCUUGUAUAUAAGAAUGAUUAACGUGUACAUAGAUCUAUUUAAAAACCUCUCCCCCCCCCCCCCCAGUGUGGUGGCUGCUUCCCUUGC